AAACACUCAUACACAUACAAAAUGGGAAAUGAAACGUCGCUGCCCAUGGAAAUGUGCUCAAAUUUCGAUGCAGAUGAGAUUCGUCGUUUGGGCAAACGUUUUCGCAAAUUGGAUUUGGACAACUCGGGCGCAUUGAGCGUGGAUGAGUUCAUGUCGCUGCCGGAACUGCAACAGAAUCCGCUCGUGCAACGCGUGAUCGACAUUUUCGAUGCGGACGGCAAUGGCGAAGUGGACUUCAAGGAGUUCAUUCAAGGCGUUUCCCAGUUCAGCGUGAAGGGCGACAAAUUGUCAAAGCUGCGCUUUGCCUUCCGCAUCUAUGACAUGGACAACGAUGGCUAUAUAUCAAAUGGCGAACUCUUCCAGGUACUCAAAAUGAUGGUUGGCAACAAUUUGAAAGACACGCAACUGCAGCAGAUUGUGGACAAGACAAUUGGCUUUGCGGACAAGGAUGAGGAUGGCAAAAUAUCGUUCGAUGAAUUCUGCUCGGUCGUUGGCAACACGGAUAUACACAAGAAGAUGGUUGUAGAUGUCUAAGAGGUGCGGCCGGGCUGCAAAUGAGGCAAAGAUAAAGCUGAAGCUCAAGCUGAAGCUAAAUGCGUUUAGGUUUACCUUUUCUUUAUGCAUAUAUAUAUAUCUUUAUUUAUAUAUGUGUGUA